AUGGGUUUUAAGGAAAAGAAAAAAGAGGAAGUAGAUGAUGAUGCUUCCAAGUAUCUUUUUCAAAUUCAGUGGUUUUACCGGCCACGAGAUAUCUCGAAACAGACAAGCGAUUCUCGUUUGCUUUUCGCUUCCAUGCAUAGUGAUACGUGCCCACUAGCCAGUUUCCGAGGCCUUGUUACAGUUAAACACAAGGCUGAGGUUGAGGAAACGUAUACGCCGCCCAAGAACAUGAAAGACCUGUCGCCCGCGUACUCAUCUGCUCUCGAAUACUACUGCUCAUUUCCAAACCAUUUCUAUUUCGACAAGUUGUUUGACCGCUACAUGAUCAAAUUCUACGAUAUCAUCAAAACCUCCACAUUGCUUCAGUACAUUGACAACACGACCAACAACAGCCGCAAUUUUCUUCUUGCAUUAAACAAACGCUACGAGUUCAUUUUUAUGGAGAGUUCACGAACGAAACAGUUUCUAAACAAUUUCAACUCCACCUCGAGUUCUCACUGCCAUGUUUGCGCUGAAUGGUGUUCCUCGAACGAAUCUGUGGUUUGUGCUGGCUGCAACAAAAACUUUCACAUGCUUUGUCUAGAUCCACCACUAUUGAAGAAACCCAGCCGUGGUUUCAGUUGGUCUUGCGCAGUGUGCACGAAAAAACACGAAUUAGAACAUAGAUCGAGGAAGACUCUAAUGUUAUCGCACGAUAACAAAACAACAAAUGAACAAGAGCUUUCAGAGGCAAGCGCCCCUCCUUCUCCAAAGGAGGCAGAAGAGCCGGAAGCGGCAGAAGAAAAAGCGCACGAAACCAUUUUACCCAAAUAUGAGCUAAUGGCCAUCGAGUACUUGCGAAACGAUGCAAGUGUAUCCGUGGAGGAAAGAAGACUUCGAGAAGAGUGGGCUCUUCGUUACUUAGGUAAACAUGCUCGAUUAGAGGAUGCUGUGGAUCCAGACGAUCGAUCGCCUUAUCCGCGGGCUUGCACAAACUUGGGAGCUCGUUUUCAAGCAUCAAAUAUCCCGGAGUUCGAGGGCCAUCCAUUAGUUUAUUAUGACCCGGAACGACAAGAGCGCACAAACAAGACAAAAAAAAGCUCUGGAUCGAACAAGAGUAUUCAGAAGAAGGAAGAACACGAAGAGAAAGAACUUGAAAAAUUACCUGUCCCAAAAGAGUUCCAAAAUGUUCCUCCGAGGGACUUUCCACAGUGGCUUCAGCCUCGCCCAAAAGGUUAUAUCGAAAGAGGAGUAGACGAUGGAGAGGGAAAAACAUGUACUCUCAUGUGGAAGGCUAGCGAGGAAGACAAGGCAGACGAUUUCAAGAAAUUUGACGCAUACAUCGAUUCAUGCAAACCCAUAGCGGCGCGGCUAGAUAUACUAGCAAACUCUCCAAACUUCAUGGAUGCCAUCGUUAAGUUCUACAUGGAUUCUCAUGGAGACACAACUAAAGCUUUCGAACUUUCUAAUACACUUACAAGGGAGUCAUUAAAGGAGCCUACAUUUUCAAAAGAAGAAAUCAAGAGGUUUGAGGACGGUGUCAGGAAGAAUGGAAGUGAACUUUACCCAACUUAUAAGGAGGUUAAAACUCAGCCGUGUUCGAUGGUUGUCCGCUUUUACUACCUUUGGAAGAAAACGAAUCAGGGCCGCUUAAUUUGGGGGGAAACUUUUCGGGCAGAAAGAAGAAACCGUCAAAGGACGAGAAGACAGACAUGA